AUGGCGGCGGAGAACCACUGUGAGUUCCCGGUGCCCCCGGCUGGCGGCCUCGGCGCGGGCGGGCCCUGCCGUCGGUGUAGCUCGGCGCCGCUGCCCGGCGCGGGGCCCGGCAAGUGGGUCAGGCUGAACGUUGGGGGCACAUGCUUCCUGACCACUCGACAGACGCUCUGCAGGGAUCCUAAGUCCUUCCUCUUCCGCCUCUGCCAGGCCGACCCCGACCUGGACUCUGACAAGGAUGAAACAGGUGCCUAUUUAAUAGACAGAGACCCAACCUACUUUGGGCCAGUGCUGAACUAUCUCAGACACGGAAAACUGGUUAUUAACAAGGACCUAGCUGAGGAAGGUGUACUGGAAGAGGCUGAAUUCUACAAUAUCACAUCUCUAAUAAAACUGGUAAAGGACAAAAUUAGAGAAAGAGACAGCAGAAUCUCUCAGGUGCCAGUCAAACAUGUAUACAGAGUGCUGCAGUGUCAGGAAGAGGAACUCACUCAAAUGGUUUCCACAAUGUCCGAUGGCUGGAAAUUUGAACAGCUUAUCAGUAUAGGUUCCCAGUACAGCUGUGGCCGGGCUCAGCAGUCAGAGUUUCUGCUGAUAGUGUCACGGGAAAUGAAAGGGGAAGAGAGAUGCUUCCAGAAAUGCUGCAGUGAGCUGGUCAGUAUUGGUUCUUCCUAUAACUAUGGCAAUGAAGAUCAGGCUGAAUUUCUGUGUGUUGUCUCAAAGGAAUUGCAUAACACUCCUUAUGGCACAACCAGUGAACCCAGUGAAAAAGCAAAGAUUUUGCAAGAACGAGGUUCCAGGAUGUGAAGACAGUAUUGAACGGUGACAAUUUUUUUCUUUAUUCGAAGAUGCAGUGAAUUGUCACACUGAAGAGGCUUGGCUGCAAAAGAAAAAAAUCUGAUUUAGACAAUUUUCUGUUGAUCUGAGUUCAACCAUAUUUGCCUAUAAGCUGGUGUCAACUUCUGGAAGCAUUGCAAGAUUACAUAAUGGGAAUAGAUGGUGUGGGAAUGUGUGUUAAGUUUUGGUUGUAGUGCAUGGUUGUGCUUUCUUGUUGGCUUAUUGACACUGGUCAUUUGAAAAGAAAUGACCAUGCACUCAUAUUUUCCUUGGAGACAUGUAGCACUUAAUGUCUGGUGCUGGAUGACCCAAUGUUGAUCAGUUUGGAGACCUUUUCCUACUAAUCAUUGUAAACCUUAAAAGGACAAUGUAAUUGGUGCUACACACACACACACACACACACACAUACACUUAGACACACAUGCACACACACACACAAAUGUUAGCCCAGAAACACAAGUAUUUGGGCAUACGUUGUUUCAGAAUCAGUGUCAGCCCCAGUUGACUGUAUUAUACUGCACAUUCCUUAUGGUUCUGUGACAUAAUCUAUUAUGUAAUAACAGCCUAGGAGAUCAACUGAAACUAGCAUGUGUAAAAGUUACGCAACAGAGAAAAGAUUUCUCUGAAGGGUGUAUAUAUUGACUGGAUGUAUAGCUUAUUUCAAUACCCAAAGGGAAGACUAAACUCAGAGAAAAUGGCCUUCCUCUGAGUUAUUCUUGAUGUUCUCUCUGUUAAACAGUCUCCUGCAAAAGUUAUGCUCCAGUCCUGGUCACAUGCUUGAAAGUGGAAUCAAAAUUCACUUAAAAUGACCAACUGAACAUUCUGUUUCUUUGGAGGUGUUUGUACUCAUAUGUGUGUUUCUGCUUCUAUAAAAUGCCUAUAAGCAUUGAACUGUGGAUUAGGGUAGAGAUUUUUCUAGAGCUGAAGGUUUUACAGAAAUACAGCUGGCUAGUCCUAGGUCCCUGUCUCUAUGACUUGGAUUAAAAUCAAUCUUAGUGUGAACAUAAACUCAUCCAGUUGAAAAACCUGAUUACUUUGGAUAUUCAGGAUCCCUAUAAUCAACCUUUCUCUUUCUAUACAGUUUCAGCUAUGCAGUUAAGAACAGUGUUUGAACAGAAUGUGGUGCAGCUUUGUUAGUUUGUCCUUGAAAAAGGCUAAUACACAAGACACACACUAUGUUUUGAGCAAAAUCUUUAGCACAUCUUUAAAACACUUUACAAAAUGGACAGUAUAAAACUUGGCUUCAUUGACUCAUGGAACCAGUGGAAGGGAGUUUCAAAAAGCUACAAGAUGGUUUUACAUUUUAAAGACAUUACAGUUUUCAUUCUUAGUAAUUUCAGAAUUUAUGCAUAUACUGCAUACUGAUUUUCAAACACCCAGGGUCUACUUUUUUUUAAUUAUUAUUUGAUUUUUUAAAGGACUUAGACAUUGAUAAAAGUUUGGCAAAACAAUUUGUAAGAAACAUUUCUACUAAACAGAUUAAGCAAUGGGCUAAAUGUUUUGUCUGUGUGCCUAAUGCUUGAAAGGAUUUGUAAUGCAUUUUGUGACUUGGAUGUGGUCUGCACGGGAAGCUGCUGGCCUCUCCACAACACAUAAAAUUUUUGUCUUUUUUUAAGAAGUUAAAACUGAAUUUAAUUUACUAAAACUGUAAUUGUGUAGGGGGAAAUGUUUAUACUUUUAUACUUUUUUAGGUACCCAUAUUUUAUCAGCUUAAAUUGAGCACAGACAUGUCCCCUAAAUAGUGACGGAUUAUCUUGUGUAUCUGAAAAUAAGCAUAACAAUUGUCUGUGUUAACUGCAUAUUAAAACAUUUCCUCUGCUGCA